GUGUGAACUACGGGGCCUCAUCGCUGUCUGUGUGGACGCUGGGCCGUCUGCUUAAACCCAGUGUGAAACCGCUUCUUUCACCAAUUACCCCUCAGAUGGAAUGUCCCAGCUCGCCAGGCGCUGUAGUUACGGCUGUUGCUUCAUUUGUGAAACGUGUAAAGAUUCUUUCUCUAUACGGCUCUCAAAUGGAUAAGACGACGGAGAUGGCAAAUGCACUCACUGCUGGAUUCAAGGCUUCGACUUGGGUACGCAGCUUUCAUAUGGGAAACCCGGUACACGUGGAGAUUAUUGAGAACCAUUCGCCUACGAAGGAUAUAGACAAAUUCAUUGAUGAGGCAAUGAAAAAACACCCUGAAUUGAUUGCUGUUCUCGGUCCUAUGGGAGACAGAACCACACUGAAUGCUUUGCCAUCGCUGGGGAAACAUCACUUGGUAGCAUUAGCGCCAUUCACAGGAUCAAGUCUUGUCAGGGUGUGGAACAGCAGCUUGUACUUUUUCCGCGUUGAUCCUUCUGCUGAACUCCUUGCAAUAAUUCGCUACAUCGUGAACCAUCUGCGUGUGCGGAGGGUGGGAUUUAUGUACCUGCAGGGCAUGUCAUUUGGUGACAUGGAAUACCAAUUGGCGGUUAGGUCGUUUUCGCAGAUGGGCUACGAACUAAGUGGGGUGUUUACCGUGAUUAGCUCUUUGUCUGGCUCUGCUGAUAAUGCGAUAUUCAACGCCGAGUGGGAGAAGUUCGCGGACACUCAUCCACAGGCCGUUAUUGUGUUUGGAUCCCCAGUCAGCGACACCACAAAGUUUAUUAAAAAGAUGUUGACGGACUCACGCACUUCUGAAGCCUAUCUGCUUGGUCCAUCAACGGUGCAAGACAUUCUUCUGACCGCCUGGCAGGCCGCGAUCCGCGGUGGUGUUAAGUUUGUUCCUGGCCAAGUGAUCACAACGGGGGCCGAUCCGUUGGCAACGAAUACCCAAUUCGAAGCAAUGCGCCGAUUUCGUGCUGUAAUGCAGGAGUACUUAACCCACAGUGGACAGAAGGAGUUUAAGGAUCAUAAACGCUUCCUCAACAAUGACAACGACGGAGAGUUGAUGGUUGCUGGGUGGAUUGCCGGUGAGGUGUUUUCACAGGCACUUAGUAACCGUAACGAUCUCAAAGACAGAGAGACCUUCCGACGCUCACUUUUUAACCAACGGCGGUACGUCGUUGACGACAUUGUGAUUGGCGACUUUGGUGGUGAGUGCAUCGGCAAAGCUUCAUUGCAGGGGUCGAUCUGUCAGUGCAACCAGGGUGGGCGGACGGUGUAUAUGAAGCGUUUUGUCGAGGGAUAUCGUGCUGAAGUGGUGAAGGACGGAUUAUUGACAUACUCGGCAUCGCAGUGCUACGUGACGUCUUUCCAGAUGUUAGCACCGCUGAAUAGUGUUGCAGUUGCAAUAAGCGAUAUGGCCGUUGCCACCAAGGCUUCUGAGAACUUUCAUACAGGGGCUGCGGCUGGACUGAGUGAUGGAAGGAUUGAAACUGCACACGAAUUUAGUAUAAAAACGCUGCAGUCACCUGCACUUCAUGCAACUAAUAAGCUUUCGACCGAGAUAGAAACACGAAUCACUGCUGCUGUUGUAGGUGUGGUGGACGCAUCUAUGCUAAGUCACAUUAACAUUACAUACAUCGAUCCCGUGGAGCUGCGGAUGCGGUUAAACAAGUUCGAGAGGCACGUGAUUCACCUGUCACCGACGCUGGAGCAGGAGUUCUUUGUGGUUGCGCAGUACCUCGGCAACACGACUGUCGCCAACGCCCACGCUGUGAUCCGCAGCGAUGGGGCUGCUGCGAUGGCGGAUGUGUUGCAGCGGUCGCUUGUGACGUUUGGCGGGUCGCUGC